GGCUAUCAUACGAUUCAAACAAACGUCGAGUUUUGUGAUUGCUAUCCCUGCUAAUCUGGAUAUUGUUGUAGUGCAAUGGACUAAAACCAUGUAGCACCUGUAUGAAACGAAGCCUGGAUUGUUUGUACACGCCAACGAGCCUUGAAACCGGGUCGCAGGAGCCUCUUGGGUCGCCGACCAAACGCCGACACGUCGAGAACUCGCCAAGGACAAUCAAGUCUAUCCUUGAGCCCAGCCAGACUCUCGCGACGCACGCUCCGUCUCUAGUUUCGUGGAAUCAACCUACCGAUAGGUCUGCAAUGAGCCUAGCGGAAACCGAACCGCCCGAGUCAAGCCAGAAGAAGCUUGUGGGGACGGGUCGCUAUUUUCUCGGCGGUAAUGAUCGCGAUUUUGACUCCCGUUCUCGGGUUAGCAAUGCUAGCGGGGUUGCGGACGAAGCUGAGAUUGUGUCUUUACCCAGAAUGCUGAUGGACACAACGGGAAGGUUGCGUAAGUAAGACCACACAAAUCACCUGCAAACGAACCGCCUGCCCUAUCUUUUUCUAGACUCAUCACUAUGUUUCUUGUUUGGUACUUCAUAUGUAUGCCUGAACUAUGUUUACAAAGAGGGGCUGAAAAGAAGUGAUA